CUUCCUUUGCCUUCUUACAUACUAUGAAGCUUUGGGUAGUAACUGCUGCAAGGCAUCGUAACAUGGUUAAGGAUGAAUACCUUUUGACCCCCACCCCCGGAUCAACAGAUUUGGGAUUGAAGUGCUUUUAUUGUCUUUACCUUUUCUUCAGCUAAAGGGGCGGAUCAAACAUAAUAUGGAUUGCAGCAAGUGGUGGGAGAGAUCGACCAGACCACGUCUCUCGAGAAUGGUGCCCUGCACCAUUUGAUCCUUUGUCAGUGGAUAAUAUGAGAAGGCUUGUAGAACAUGCUGGUGUAACUGGGAAUAUAUAUCCAUUAGCAAUAUUAUGUUAUAACAUUAUGCCACCACCUCUGCAGGUUGAGAAAGAAGUUGGGGAGAAACGAGUGAUAUCCUUUCAUGGAGUGGGAUUAUCUGUGGCCCCCAAAGUGGAUUUUCAUGCAGUCUCUGCUGCCACUAAAGACCCAGAGGAGGCUAAGGUUGUGUACUGCAGUAGCCUUUAUGAUUCAGUGAACCAGCAAUACAACGUGUUAAAAUCGGCGAUUCAUGGGAAAAAAGGGCUGAAGGCAUCUACACCUACUGUGUCAUUGUCACAACCAUGGCAGUCGUAGUCUAGCAACAUCUACCUCUCUUAGCAGGUGUCAUAUCAUAUCUACAUUUUCUCCAUUUAGAUUUGUGGCGCUCGAGCACCAUUGGGUUUGUGUCAAUGGAUGUUUUGUCUGAAGCUACAUUUCGUCCGGUUGUAGCUGUAAAAAAAAUGCAACUCAGUGGCAAUUACAUUUUGCCAUAUGCAUCAGAUGUGUUCAUGUACAAAUUAUAGUAUGCUGAGCAAAUUGAAGUUUUGUCAAAGGCUCAAAGCUCAGUGCCUCAGUUGGAAUUUUGUAUUUAUGGUAUAAAAAAGAUCUCUAAUUGACAGGAAAUUAGUGUAUCAUUUAGCUAGCAACUUAUGAUUUGCUGCUGUUUUUUUAACCAUCUGUCCUAGAGCCAGUAGAGGUCUUUUAUAGGUCAGCGCAAGGUCCCUCUCCGGAUUCCACUUGUGGGAAUUUACAGAGUAGGUUGUUGCUUUGUUCAUGUAUGUUCUUCGAAAACUAAUAUAGAGUUAUGGGUAUG